CCGUCAGGCAGGCAACCCAACUCGCCGGUCUCUGGAUUCUCUCGAGGGCACCUGGCUGGCGGCUCCAACUACCGGAGCUCCCUCGCCGUCCGUUAGGCUCUCCAGCCGUUACUACCCACCACCACCAUCUCUCUCCCUGCUUUGGUUCCCUCCUCUUACCAUCUCCACAAUCGUCCCGACCAAGCGGACAGCCCUGUGAUGGACUUCUCCGUCGAGGAUGGCAAAAGGCUAUGGUCGCUUGUUCGGAAGCAGGUGGUCCUGGUCGACAAGAAACGAAGGUGGUUGGAGUCGAUGACUCCCAAAUCGGAUGGCUGCAACAUACGACUGAAGCGACCAAAGUUCUUGGCUGAUGCGUUCUUGGCUGAAUCAGAUAUACGGAGUGACGAAGUGUCUUGCGAAAAAGUGACAGCCAAUGUUGCAAAAAGUUAUGGUCUGCAGCGCGGUGGCCACAACCAUCACUUGGUUCAGGAUGGUCUCAGGCUUCUUAACUUACCAAGAGGGGAAGAUGGCUCAUUGAGUCCAGAAAGUCUGAACAUUAUGCAUAGCACAAUCAAUAAGUUAAGCAAUGGAGCACUUCAAUCAGUGGCUAAAAUCAUCAGCCGCACCAACUGUAGUUUUAAUAAGACUAGACCACUGUUAAGAGAAAUUGUAACAUACCAUCUUCCGUGUUACUUAGCCAAGCUGGAUCAUGAAGAUGUCAUCAUGUUUGAGUUGUCUGAAAUUUUGAGAAAUCCUGGCAGCUACCAAUCUGAUUCGUUGAGCCUUGUCACACCUGUGUCACCACUGCUUCUGUCAUCUAUCAACCAAGCUUUGGAUAGACUUGAUGGGAUUCCUGACCAAGCUCUUGUUGCAGUGAACAGGAAGCUCAUAGGAAAAACAUGUAUGCCGAAAUUCUGGCAUGUGCCUCGGUCUUCCAGUAGAGGGCAUCUUAUUGAAAUAGUGAGGAAAAGAUGCAAAAUGAUUAUAGCGCGUAUUGAGGAAGGUUACAUGCCAAAGAGAUUAGCAAAGGCCAUGUCAGUGGUGAACCUAUACUGGAAGCAGAAGUUGAGAUCCAUGGAUAUUUCUCAGUUAGAGUACUUCCCCUUUUCAAAAGAAACAGUGUCUUUGCAAAAUGAUAUCCUGAAUGCUCUUUGGUUGCUUCCAAAACUCCAGCAUGAUGACCUAAAAUUGCUGCGUCCCAUAUUGGACCCAGAUCCUAAAUUUCGAAAGAUGCAAUUUAGAGUAUCUUUGAGGAAGUACUUGUUAGAAUGCUUGUUUGAAUCUGAUGAAGGUGAUUUGCCAGAUGAGGCCCAUCAAGCCAUAGCCUUUAUAAAUCGGAUUUCUCAAUGUAAAAGUGCCUGUCUGACAGAACGAAGGAAGAAUGCUGAAGUAGAUUCUGUAUUGAAUGUAAACAGUCAACUCAGAGCUUUGGCAUAUUAUGAUACCGAUGACUGUUCAGACGCGGACAAGUUGAUGAGCUUAGGGAGUGUCAACUGCACUGGGGAUAAUGAUUUCAUACUCCCUGAGACCAACUAUUUCCACUAUAAAUUUGAGCAGCAUAUGGAUGAGCCUUGUUCUUCGAAUAGUACACCCAAAGUUGUUGAUAUGGACGAGUGUUGUUCGGCUGAAUCUACCAGAGCUGCACAUCAUGUUCAAGAAGCUGAACAUCUAGGUUCCAAAUUAGAGGAGGUUUUCAGGAAACCAUGUGAAGGAACUGAAAACUCUGGAGCCACUCCACAUUACAGAGACAACCUUGCUUUGUAGGAGGCUGUUGAUACCAAUCAUUUGAAGACGCCAGUGCACUCUAAGGAUCUCUCCGAGAUCUGUGAUGAAACUUCAACAGCAGCCCACAUGCUCAUUGGACAAAUUUUGGAUAAAUGGCUACUUGUAGAGAACGGCGAAGUGGAAGAGCUCACCAGACAUUAUCUUGGAGGGGGCUUGGUUUCUGAAGGUCCACAAGACACUAGAGAAUUGCUGAAUGUAACAGAUAAUAAGAACCUGAAGGGUGACAUUCUAGUGCAUGCCGUGGAACGCAUCUUGCCCAAUUUGCCGAGAAGUUGCAUUGACCAAGUUAAGAGGCUAAUGACCUAGCAGGUGCAUUGCGACAACGCUCUGCAGGUGCAUUACAGAUAGGGACUUGGUGACUUGUUUCUGCAUUUUUUUUCUACCGGGAAUCCUGCCUACGCUAAUCUGCGAGUUUGUGAUUAGUUCGUCUCCAAAUACUUGUAUCUCGUGAUAUACUGGCCAUCGAUUUUUUUUUUCUUUCUGAAAUGUGCUGAUUUAAAUAGAAACUAUUAAUACAUUGUGAAAGCGUAUCUCAUGAGAUCUAUCAGUAUCAGUUUGGUGUUAUCAGUAUUCUUUAUACAUUGAUAGUGAACCUAAAAAUGUUUGACGGGCCUAAAUUUAGAAAACACGUAUUUGCCAUGGGUUGCAUGUCAGCCCCAGUACAUAUUGUUAAGAUAUACAUUUUGGUAUGGAGGGAGUAGUAAAUAAGUGCAGGCCACCGGACAGGCAGCGUUGUUGUUCUUUUCAGUGCUCUCCGCUGUGUCCGUGAGUAGAUUUGUGUGCAUAAAGAAGUGCAUUAACCUAUAACAUGUGUUAAUCACGUAAGAUCAUCAUAACAACCUUCCUUUUGGCAGGAGAGGGGCUAUUUUAGUUGCAACCUGAGGGAGAACAAGCAGGAGGAAUUGGUUAACUGGAGUGCUAGAUUCAGGGCAAGUUUGCCGAAGCACUUUCAUUAGUUCCAUCGAUAAUACCAGGACUGGAGAACUAAAAGCCCUUGUAGAUGCAAGUUGUGUGCUAUUAAACCAAAAAAUUUAACUGCACAACAUUAUAGUUGAUGAUUUUUCAAGAUUUACGUGGGUGUUCUUUCUUAAUGACAAGUCGCAGGUCCAGAAGAUCUUCACAAACUUCGCUAGGAAGGCCCAAAAUUAGUUUGAUGUGAAGAUCAAGAAGGUUCGGAGUGACAACG